AGGCUUCGCCUCCUUCGUCUGCUGUACAUACCCCACCCCUCCUCUUACCCCUUCGUCACGAGCUAUAGUAGGCUACAAUGCACACGCAGCACACAGCAUAUACGGGCCGAGCGUCCUCUACGAAAGGGAGCGCAUGCGCGGUAGGGCUUGUUUUCACAUAGCUGGCGCAGCUGAUCGAACAGUGCAACACGAUAAGUAGGUUAUCACGGAGUAGGAGGGCUCCGACUCCGUGUAGGCUAUCCAAUCUUUGUGUUGAGUGUGUAAAAACAUCAGACACCGAACUCAAGAGUCAAUUAUCUAAUGGAAAUAUUGUGCAAUUAGUGCAACUCGAUAAGUGGGCUACGCUUAUGGUCCUUAUCGAGGUUAGAGUACUCAAACGCGGAGGAAACGUACUUACUGGAUUUCUCGCUGGUAUUGAGUGACCUGAGACUGGGAGUAAAGGAUGUGAAGUGCUUGUGACCUCUGGAACUGGGUGGGCUGUCUUUCAGAAAGAUUUUCUGUCAGCGGAAGCUGUCUUGUAAAGGUCUCAGGUGGAUACGCCGAAAAGAGCAAUUUUGAAACUGGAUCUGCGAGUGCUCCAGAAUAUAGUGAAGAAGAGUUUGUUUGGAUCGUGGAAUGAAUAGAAUUUUCAGUGAGGAAAUGGAUGCUUGAGUGGCUGGAAGUAUAAUCCCUUCUGCACUGUGCUGGGCCCUAUCUUCACACUUACAGAAGCUGUAGCUGACGCUUCAACAAAGGAAAGACAAGUUAAAGUCUUUGUGUACAAAUAGGUACUAUCGUACCUUUCAUAUUUUUCAAUGGCUGAAAUAGAUGCAUUUCUUCUGGAUAUAUUCAAUGCAGAACAAGAAGAACGAGUUCAAAGGCUGAACAGAUUUCAUCAGCUUCGACUAGAAAGACAACAACUUCGAGAUGUAUCAAAUCCUUUUACUUUACCUGCCGAAUUCUUUAGAAGAUAUUACAGAAUGCCUCCACAUGUAGUGAUGCGACUGAUUGGGUUGGUUGAGAACAGACUAAUCAGAGAAAGGAGUACUGCAAUCCCUACACAUCUUUCAGUAUUAAUUACUUUAAGAUUUUUGGCCGAAGGAGGUCUACAAAAAGGUUUCGCACAAGAUUUUGUACAUCCUGUAAGCCAGAGUACAGCUAGUCAAUGCAUUGCUCGAGUCAUUGAUACUAUUAAUCAUUUAGCAGAUGACUUUAUACGCUUUCCUGGAACAGAAGGGCAAAGAGAACAUAAUUCAAACCGCUUUCAAAGGACUACUAGGAUUCCUGGUAUUAUUGGGGCUGUUGAUGGUUUUAUGGUGACGUUUUAUAGGCCAACAAUAAACGAAGAAGCAUUUUUUAACUAUCGUGUAGGAACUUCCAUGAAUGUACAAAUAAUUGUAGACUCCGACUAUAACAUCCUCAAUAUUCGAGUAUGUCCUGGAAGUAAUAACGACCGGUUCGUCUGGCAAUUUUCAGAAGCUAAAGAAUACAUGGAAGAUCUACGGGCAGAUGAAAAUUUUCCUAAUCGUUACUAUACAAAUAGGUAAUCCAUUCUCAUUUAU